AUGUCGCCCACUAUCCCUACCAAGGCUCGCGAGUACAGGCUCCCCAAUUUUGAAGGGAUCCAGUCUCUCACUUUGCAAGAAGUCGAGGUGCCCCAGCCGGGCGCCAAGGAGGUCCUCGUUAAGAUCCACGCCGUCUCGCUGAACUACCGAGACAUCAUCAUCGCCAACAACGCCUACCCAUUCCCCCUCAAACAGAACCUCGUCCCCAUCUCGGACGCGUCCGGCACGAUCGUCGCGCUCGGGCCCAACGUCAAAGGCUGGCACAUCGGCGACCGCGUCUCCUCCAGCUUCAUGCCCGACCACCUCUACGGCGACGCGACGCCCGGCGUGGGCUCGAUCCUCGGCGGCACCAUCGACGGCGUGCUCACCGAGUACCGCGUCUUCCCCGAGCACGCCCUGGUGCAGAUCCCGGCGCACCUGACGCACGCGGAGGCGGCGACGCUGCCGUGCGCGGGCGUGACGGCAUACAACGCGCUGCGCGGCCCGCGCCCCGUCAAGGCGGGCGACACCGUGCUCGUCCUCGGGACGGGCGGCGUGUCCGUGCUCGCGCUGCAGAUCGCGCGCGCAAGCGGCGCAGAGGUGAUCGUGACGAGCGCGAGCGACGAGAAGCUCGCGCGGGCGAAGAAGCUCGGCGCGAGGCACGUUGUUAAUUACAAGGAGACGCCGGAGUGGGAGAAGGAGGUCUUGAAGCUGACGAAUGGCCGUGGUGUGGACCACGUCGUCGAAGUCGGGGGCCCUGGGACCUUUGACAAGUCCCUCGAAUCCGUCCGCGUGCAGGGUAGCAUCCACAUCAUCGGCUUCCUGGCAGGGCCGACAGAAGUGGCCAACGUACCCAUGAAGAUCCUGCAGAAAGGUGUCGACGUACGCGGUAUCAUGGUCGGGCCGCGCUCCUUGUUCGAGGACCUGAACAGGCUGAUCGAGAUUAAUGACGUGAAGCCUGCCGUGGACAAGGUGUUCCCAUUCGAGCAGGCGAAAGAGGCGUUCGAGCAUCUGGCCGCGCAGAAGCACUUCGGGAAGGUGGUCAUCCAGGUUGCCAAGGAUUGA